GCCGUUUUCGCGCAGCAGAAAAAGCAAGAAAGAAGCAAAAGUGUGGUUUGGUUUGUGCGGCCAUCAUCGAUGCGGUAGUGAAAAAUUGCGACAAUUUGCUUCCUUUCAUGUUCAAAAACUCCGGAAAAGUGAUUUUUAGUAUUUCUACAUUGAAAACUAGGCCAUCGGGACAUUUUUGGGUCCCUUUGGAUUAACUACUGUACGGGAAGUGGAUUAUUGUUUUUGCCCAUCGUAGCCGUCGCCGCAAUUUUACUUCUUGCUCCUUUUGUCGGCUUCAAGAAGAUCCAGCAGCGGCAUCGUUGAUUCCAUCAGGAGUUCGAUAGAGUGAAGAAACGUUGGAUUCGUUUGUGCAUUAUUCCGCGGAAUCGUACUAUCAUACACAGUAUUCCGUUUAGAUUCGUUAAAUAUGGCCAGUACCGACGUAAACAUGGAAACAGCAUCGUCUUCUUCUACAGCAGCGACCACGCCAAACGGGAACACCAGUGGAGAUAGUCUGGCAACCAAUGCGGAGGAAAUGACAUCGCGGGAUUACUACUUCGACUCGUACGCACACUUUGGCAUCCACGAGGAGAUGCUCAAGGAUGAAGUGCGAACGUUGACCUAUCGGAACUCAAUGUACCAUAAUAAGCAUCUGUUCAAGGGUAAAACCGUACUGGAUAUUGGCUGUGGAACGGGAAUCCUGUCGAUGUUCGCUGCUAAAGCUGGUGCGUCCAAAGUGAUUGCCGUCGAGUGCUCGAACAUCAUCGAUUACGCGCAGAAGAUUGUCGAGGCGAACAAUCUGAGCCAUAUCAUCACACUCGUUAAGGGAAAGGUGGAGGAGAUCGAGCUGCCCGAUGGCAUCCAGCAGGUUGACAUUAUCAUUUCCGAGUGGAUGGGGUACUGUUUGUUCUACGAGUCUAUGUUGGACACUGUCAUCUACGCUCGUGACAAGUGGCUCAAACCGAACUCAGGUAUGAUGUUCCCGGAUCGGUGUACGCUGUUCGUGUCCGCCAUCGAAGACCGUCAGUACAAGGACGAGAAAAUCAACUGGUGGGAUAAUGUGUACGGAUUCAACAUGAGCUCGAUCCGGAAGGUUGCCAUUAGCGAACCGUUGGUGGAUGUUGUCGAUCCAAAGCAGAUCGUGACCAGUUCUUAUAUGGUCAAGGAAAUUGAUUUGUAUACCGUCCGGAAGGAGGACCUCGACUUCGAGUCGCCGUUCCAUCUAAUGGUGAAGCGAAACGAUUUCGUCCAGGCGUUGAUCACAUAUUUCAAUGUUGAAUUUACCAAGUGUCAUCAACGUUUGGGAUUUAGCACCUCACCCGAGGCUGCCUACACACACUGGAAACAGACCGUGUUCUACUUCGACGAGUAUCUGACCGUAAAAAAGGGUGAAGAGAUCUACGGUAUGUUCAAAAUGAAACCAAAUGCCCGGAACAAUCGGGAUUUAGAUUUCACCAUCGACCUGCACUUCAAGGGAGAGUUAUCGCAGGUAAACGAAAAGAAUCACUACCGGAUGCGUUAGAUUUGCGCUCUCGUCGGGCCUUUUCUGAACAGUUUAAUCCUUUUUUUUAAUUUAAGACGAACUAAAAUAGAAAACCAUUUCAACUUGAUAUCAUCCAAUGACCCACCCGCACAGGAUACAAAAUUUUCAAUAAAAGAAACAUUUUGCUCGCGAGAUUCCUAAGUAAAAUCUCAUGUAA